CAUUAUUCAGCCAGAGGGUUCUUGGCCGGCUAGCAUGUGAUUUUGAUUUUUGUUAGCCUGUAUUUUAGGCAGGCCUCUUUUCUUUAUGGUAUAUGCUUUUUUUGGGUUUUUUUGUUACCUCUUUAAACUGCUUCCACUCGCCGAUCAUAGAUGUUGUGACUGGGCUCUCCCUGAAUGACUGCGCCCCGACCCUAUGAGUAUCUGAAUAUCAAGGAACUCCCUAAGGCCUGGGACUGGAGGAACAUCAAUGGCACCAACUACGUCAGCACCACCCGCAACCAGCACAUUCCCCAGUACUGUGGCUCUUGCUGGGCACAUGGCAGCACCAGUGCAAUGGCAGAUCGCAUCAACAUCAAGCGUAAGGGAGCCUGGCCUUCUGCUUACUUGUCAGUCCAAAAUGUGGUGGACUGUGGCGAGGCUGGCUCCUGUCAUGGAGGGGAUCACUCUGGAGUGUGGGAGUACGCCCACAAACAAGGCAUCCCUGAUGAGACCUGCAACAACUAUCAGGCCAAGGACCAAGAGUGCAAACCAUUCAAUCAGUGUGGAACCUGCACCACAUUUGGAGUCUGCAACAUUGUCAAAAACUACACCCUGUGGAAGGUUGCUGACUUUGGUGAUGUCAGCGGGAGGGAGAAAAUGAUGGCUGAAAUCUAUGCUGGAGGACCAAUCAGCUGUGGGAUCAUGGCAACAGAGAAGUUGGAUGCCUACACUGGAGGAGUGUACUCUGAGUACCAAGAAAACCCUGGCAUUAACCACAUUGUGUCAGUUGCUGGCUGGGGCGUGGAUGAGAACGGUGUGGAGUUCUGGAUCGUCCGGAAUUCAUGGGGAGAGCCCUGGGGUGAGAAAGGCUGGCUGAGGAUUGUGACCAGUGCCUACAAGGGAGGAAGUGGCAGUCAGUACAACUUGGCCUUGGAGGAAGACUGCAUGUAUGGAGACCCCAUUGUUCCCAAGACCUACAUGUAGACCACAGGAAAUGGCGCCAAACAGGGUCUUCUCUAAGAAGGCCAAUUACUGUUAGAUUAACUGUGCAUCAUUUCUGAAAAUAAUUCCAGGAUGUAUCUGAGGAACUUAGUGAUAUGCAUAUUAUAGACUGGUUGUUAAUGAGUCAGAUUCAAACUUGGUGCAGGAUACUUGCCUGUUCACAAUAUACUUCAUCCAUGUUAAUGGGAUAUUUUCCCAAACAUUUCAGUCAAUUUCUAAUGCAAAAGUGUGCACGUUAGCAGUCAGGGAGAGCAUUUAAAGUACAGAGGAAGUUACAUGUUAAUCAGGAUAUCAACAGGUGACUGUCCACUGUUCUGUAUUAUCAACCAGACUGCUGACGUGCACCAUUUUUGUUGGUGGAUGAAUGUUGAAGGUUAGUUUGAGGGUGUAGUACCUCUAAUAAACAGGAACCAGUAACACAAUGCUGUCUUUGAUAUAUCUACUGUUUUCUGUGAAUCUCAGGCUCUUUACAGUAAGUUUACAACUGUAAAAUCAGGAAGAGGGAAUUUUAAUUUGUUUUUCAUUGCUGUUCUUGAUCAAAUUUGUAACAAUGCAAUGUUUGUAAAUCAAGUGAAUGAUUGUAUCCAGAAGUAAAGGCCAGGAUUCAACCAUUAAGGCACUGUCUCACAACAUUGGAGUGUAGACCAGACACCCUCCUGGUGACCCAUGCUGAGGCUUUCCUCUCUCUUCACUACGUGAAAUGUGAGGCACAGGCCUCUGAAGUGGUACAGCAGUCUAAAACACUACAACCCAGGGUAAUUUUCCCCAAAGGGUGGGCCAGCACCGACAAGCCAACUGGUCUGUAGCCGAAGUGCUCCCCAAGUGUGUUUGGGUGAUAAGCAGAACAACUUGGUGUGCAACAUCUGAGACCCUAUGUCCUUAUCUAUUCCCUGCUGGGAUGGGACAGCUGUACUUACAAUUUUAAAAUAUAGAAUUUGUGAGACUACUGAGUAACACUGAACAGUGCAAUACAUUGUUUGAGCCCAGGCCUAUGAUGGAAGCUUGUUUAACCAAAAUUUUUUUUUUUACUGUUGCUAUGACUGAAACCAAUAAAAACAUGUUAGUACCAAGGUUA